CAUGCUCUUUAGUACGCUAGUAUGCGGUUUAGACGUAACCUGUGUCCCUCCCACAAGCCGCCAGCACGCUGUAUAAGGAAGGGUACAUACACAUAACCGCUGCUACUGGUUAUCUGAUCUUAAAGGACAAUGUCAAGCAUAGCUGCUGCUAGUGUGGAGCCUACAGCUGCUGAGGAGAAGAAGCCACUGAAGCCGUGCUGUGCAUGUCCUGAAACUAAAAAAGCAAGAGAUGCCUGUAUAAUCGAAAAGGGUGAAGAAAGCUGCACAGAUCUUAUCGAGGCGCACAAGGAGUGCAUGAGGGCACUUGGUUUCAAGAUAUAAUAGGACUGGGUUGUGAGGAUGAACUGGACUGUGGUUGGGUGUGUGGACUACUAUUUAUACUGCUGUGAGAAGAAUGAGUUUUUUCAGUUGUUCCUCUGAAUGUGAUGUAUUCUUAGUUUUGUAUGAAUGUUGCAAACUUGAUUUUGAAUAAACAUCCUAUGCAAUCCUA